UCUAAUUAAAGAUCUAUAAAUAAAUGGAUAACUUUUGGAGCACACUUCAAACAUGAACCAGUUCUCUGCAGGGCUUCUCACAGAGAGCGAGUGAAUGGCAGCUGGGCAAAGAGGGCAACUUACUCCCAAACUGGCCACGAGAACUUCACAGUUUUCAGAAUCUUCAUCCCUGGUAAGGCAUUGAGACUUGACCAGGACCAUUUGGACCCUUCAACACAAAUCAAAGGAAGCAAAAUGGAGGAACUGCCCCGCAUAAGUGACGAAGAGGAGCCUGUCACUGUAGGAAUCAAAGACCUGAGUGAAAGAUUUGACCUGGCCCUUAAAAAAUACAGACAGGCUAAGGAACUCCAUGAAAAACUGAUCGAGCAGGGGCAGAUAACUGAGGAGCUGAUGGCUGAAAUGGAGCAAGAAAAUCGGACCCUGGUCAACAGAAUCCAAGAUUUAAAAGAACAGACAGAAAAGGAGAAAAAAUCUAUUGAAAAAAAUUCAGAAAUCCUGCAGCAGAAAGGUUUGGUGUUGAAUAAAAUGAAGAUCGGACAAAUGGAAGACAAGCUGAAGGAGCUGAAGGAGGAAAAUGAACAGCUGGCUGCUGAGCUGGAUGAUCUGGUGAAGGACUGUCAGGGGGAAACAGCAGCUGAGAUUGAAAUCAAGGACAACCAGAAGAUUCAGAUGGCCCUACAGAACAAGGACGCCCAAAUUGAGAGACUGUCUAGGAUAGAGAGUGAAUGGAAAGGGGAGAUAGAAAGGAACGCUACGAUCAUUGAGGAUCUUAGAAAAGAACUGAAACACCUGGACAAGCAUCAGCGAGACAUUGAGGAGGAACAUAACCUAAUGGUACUGAAAUAUGAAGCAGACACAGAGGCCCAGCAUUCACUGGAGGAAGAUAACGAUGAGCAUAACAACAGAAAAUGCUGGUGGCCCUGUGGAGCUAUGAUACUGCAGAGAGGAGCCAGGGCAGCCGGAUAUAUGGUCCUUGUUGUCAUCCUUUUUGCAUUCAUCAUGGGUUUCCUGGCGACUACCUGCGGCAUUCCUGAUCCCACUUGCAACUUGUGGAUGAUGGCAUUCGAGCUUCUGGAGCCUUACGGAGAACUUGCCUACAGCAAUCCGCCUGUUUUUUGAUCCACACAGCAUGACUUCACCAUUAAAAAACGAAAUUAUUAAAUGGACAAAACUGGAAAUGGGUCAGAAUAAUACAACGAUACGACAAAAAUAAAACAAAACUGUAAUACAUUGCAGAAAGUG